AGCCGCGCAAACUUUCCCUGCAGCUCUGCGGAGACACUUUGGUUCUGUUCUCUUUGAGCUCUGGUUGCCUCCAGAAAGCCAGCCGUCCUCCUCUGAAGAUUCGGAGUAAAGGGAGCUGCCAAAACCUCUUGGACCACUUCCUGUAUACACGCUUCUCAAAGGUGGGGAGAGAGAGAGAAGGAGGGAGAAGAAGUCUAAAAUCGGACACGGGGAUCAUCGCAUCUGCAAAGCUUCUGCUUGGUUGCGCUCUCGACGCCCUGCAGGAUCCUACGAAACAUAAAAAAAACAUAUUGCAUAAAAAGAAAAAAAUCAAAACAGUGCGCCAUAUAUCCUACGGAUGGUGCACGCCUUGAAGCCGAGCGCUGAUUCUUCUCUUGGUUUUAGGCGCAGAAUUUGGAGACCCUAAGCGCAAAGACUGCAGGGGGGUUCAUGUACUGGAAAAAUGAAGUUUUGCCCCCUCUCUCAGAGGGAAAAAAGAUUCUGUCUGAAGGAAUUCCAACAAAGCAGGUGAUCUGCACCGAGCAUCAGAGCACACCGGGGACCCCGCGCAGCGCUGUGGACUCCGAACACACGCCGAUGUCUCAUUCGGACGGGGAGUCCCAGCGCUCCAACAUGGAGCGGGAGGACAUCCGCUCUCCUCCCAGCACUCCUUCCACUCCCUCCGUGUGCUCACCGACCUCCACCGCCAGCUCAGUGCCUUCCACCGGGAAGAACGUGUGCGCGAGCUGCGGCCUGGAAAUCCUGGACAGAUACUUGCUAAAGGUGAAUAACCUGAUUUGGCACGUGCGCUGCCUGGAGUGCUCCGUCUGCAGGACAUCUCUGCGUCAGCACAGCAGCUGCUACAUCAAGAACAAGGAGAUAUUCUGCAAAAUGGAUUAUUUCAGUAGGUUUGGUACUAAGUGUGCCCGCUGUGGGCGACAGAUAUACGCCAGCGACUGGGUGAGACGUGCAAGGGGGAACGCAUACCAUUUGGCUUGCUUUGCGUGCUACUCGUGUAAGAGGCAGCUGUCUACAGGAGAGGAGUUUGGCUUGGUGGAGGACAAGGUUUUGUGUCGGAUUCACUACGACACCAUGGUGGAGAACCUCAAGCGGGCAGCUGAGAGUGGUAAUGGUAUUACAUUAGAGGGCGCAGUCCCAACAGAACAAGACAGCCAACCCAAACCAGCCAAAAGGGCUCGGACGUCGUUCACUGCAGAGCAGCUACAGAUCAUGCAGGCUCAGUUUGCUCAGGACAACAAUCCUGAUGCCCAAACGCUACAGAAGCUGGCCGACAUGACGGGGCUGAGCAGAAGAGUUAUACAGGUGUGGUUUCAAAACUGCAGAGCAAGACAUAAAAAGCACACGCCUCAGCACAGCGGUGCUCCACAGAGUCAUCCUCAGUCCAGGAUACCCUCGUCGCUGCCCGAUGAGCUGCAUUAUUCCCCCUUUGGGAGUCCUGAGCGAGCACGCAUGGUGGCUCUCCACGGGUACAUCGACAGUUUUACAGGUCAUCCGUUUUCCGUCCUAACCUCUCAGAGCCUCCCUCACCAGACUAUGUCGCUGCCCCAGCUCCCCCUCAGCCGCUAGAUCUCCAUGUGACCCAUGACCUCUGGAUCUUUACUCCGGAUCUGCCGUCAGCCACGCUGUAUGACCUCACUUGAAGAUUGUUCAAGAGUCUCGGAGAAAACACUAAUCUUCCAAUUGAGAACAAAAAGAGAAAGGGACAAAUCUGCCGUCUUCUUCUGUUCUGUUCAGUGGAUGGGAACAUUUAGCCUGUGACCAGUGUGUCGAACCAAUCACCUCCCAGUUUUUAUUAUCAGCAGGAACUCUAAGUUUGUGUUUUACACCAGCUGAUGGACCCGUUCUGCUUCUCAUGUACAGCAUUUUCCACUCUGUUCAACCACCUUCUAACUUUGGGAAUUUCAAACGGAUGUAAAUGAUAAAAGAAGCAGGACUGCAGCUUCUUGAAGGUUGUCAGAUUACUGAAGAUAAAAUUAAAAUGUCACUGUGGCUCAUUGGACAGAGCUCACACAUUAGAGGUAAGACUCCUCCCUUUUUUCUCUCAAAACGACCAUGAAGGAAAACAAGAUGCAAACAAUAGGUUGUUUACAUUUAAAGUAAUUUUUGCCUUUGAGAUAUUUUGAAGAAAGAAAAAAUACAACCCAAGUUUUCAAACAUAUUUAGGUUAAUUUUAGUGCUUUAGGCAUAACAUUUUGAAACAAC